CUUGUGGAUAAGUAACAAAGUUGGGAGUGUAGGGACAGGGAAGGAAACGAGAAAACAGUUGGGUGGAAAUUUGUACGAGGAGAAAGGAAAAGGAAGGAGCAAAAGGAGAGGAUGAUUGCAGCUGCAGCGCAAGCUGUGUUGUACUCACAUACACACAGCAGCAGCAGCAGCAGCAUUAGUUUUCCUUUGAAGUACUCCCAUGCCCAUCUUCGACGUCAUGCCCAGCCAGUCUUGUUCAUAUCUAGGCGUCUUAAUUCGUUGAAUGUCAGGUGUUGCGCAUCCCAAUCAAAUACCAUUAACAAGAAUGACUACGAGCGGCAGCAGAGGAAGGCCCCCGACUUAAACACGCUGUUCAAUCGAUUCUGGAAGGUGGCUGCCCCGUAUUGGUUCUCUGAUGAUAAGGUCCAAGCCAGGCUCCAGCUGGCCGCUGUCUUCGCUCUCACACUCGCCACCACCGGCAUCAGCGUCGGCUUCAAUUUCCUUGGCCGGGACUUCUACAAUGCGCUUGCAAACAAGGACGAGGAACAAUUCACCAAGCAACUUGUGUACUACCUCUGUGGCUUCGCUGGUGGAAUUCCGUUUUUCGUUUUGAGAGAUUAUGCGAGAGAAAUUCUUUCUCUAAGAUGGAGGUCCUGGAUGACAAGCUAUUACAUGCAACGCUACCUCUCCGAUCGGACCUUUUACAAAAUCCAGUCUCAAUCCAUUAUUGAUAAUCCCGACCAGCGCAUAGUGGACGACCUCAGCUCCUUCACUUCCACUGCCCUUGCCUUCUCUUUGACUCUUUUCAAUGCUGCCGUCGACUUGAUUUCCUUCAGCAAUAUCUUGUACGCCAUCUACCCUCCGUUGUUUGUCGUUCUUCUCCUCUAUUCCAUUGGCGGAACAGCUAUUAGCGUCUUCCUUGGCAAGGGAUUGGUCAAUCUUAAUUUCCUUCAAGAGAAGAAGGAAGCUGACUUUCGAUAUGGACUUGUUCGUGUGCGAGAAAAUGCUGAAUCCAUUGCUUUCUAUGGUGGUGAAGAUAAUGAACUCCAACUUCUGUUGCAGCGCUUCACAAGUGCUUUCGAAAAUUUAACCCAAUUGUUGAUAUCUUCCAGAAAUCUCGAGUUUUUUACCAGUGGCUACCGGUACCUCAUUCAGAUUCUCCCUGCUGCUGUUGUUGCUCCUAUGUAUUUCUCUGGAAAAAUUGAGUUUGGUGUCAUUAAUCAGUCUGUAUCAGCUUUUAAUCAUAUCCUUGGGGAUUUCUCCCUCAUCGUAUACCAGUUUCAAGCAAUUAGUGCCUUUUCAGCUGUCAUUGAUAGACUGGGUGAAUUUGAUGACGUUCUGGAUAGCAGCAGAUCCAACUCUCCAUCUGAUCCCAUGGAGCAGAUUAAUCUGACAUAUUCUUAUGUCAAAGAGUCACAGGUUUUGGAUUCUAAUGGAUCUGUACCUGCAAACACGUCUCUUAGAUUGCUGGAUGUAGAAAAUUUGACUCUAAAGACACCAAAAAAUAACUCCACACUUGUCAAAGACUUAUCAUUGAUGAUCAAUGAAAAAGAUCAUUUGUUGGUAAUGGGACCUAGUGGUAGUGGCAAAACUUCUUUGCUAAGAGCACUUGCUGGUCUUUGGAGUACUGGAAAAGGGAAAAUCACAUUCUAUGUUGAGGAUGGAGGUGAUGCUCAACCAGCCACUUCUUCAGAUGUGGCUUCUCUUGAAGUAAAUUCUGCAAAUAUAAAUAAGGAAUUUGGGAGGCCCAUAAAUAGUAAUUCUAGAAGUGUGUUUUUCCUUCCUCAAAGGCCAUAUAUGGUUUUGGGUACACUUCGUCAGCAAUUGCUUUAUCCAACAUGGGCUGAACAGGCAAUACUUACAUCAGAUGACACCAAACCUGCAGGUUCACUUCCUUUCCUGACAAGAGCACCAAACUCUGAAAAUGUGGGUGCAAACCGUAGUAUGCCUAUUCCUACAACCGAUGAUCUAACGCAGGUUUUAGAAGAUGUCCGCCUUGGCUAUAUUUUGUCUCGUUUCAAAGGUCUUGAUUCAGUAUACGAGUGGUCCAGUGUUCUUUCCCUUGGCGAGCAGCAGCGCCUUGCUUUUGCACGUUUGUUGCUUUCUAAACCAAAGUUGGUCCUGUUGGAUGAAUCCACCAGUGCUUUGGAUGAGAUCAACGAGGCCCAUUUGUAUGAGAAGAUCAACACAGCAGGCAUCACAUAUAUCAGUGUUGGCCAUCGUCGUACGCUAUAUGCUUAUCAUGGUAGGGUCUUACGGAUAUCAACAGCAGAUGCAGAAAUCGAACAAUGUAAUUGGCACAUUGAAUCCAUUGAUCGUGGCACUUUGCAUAAUUCCCUAAAGCUAUAGUUGUAGAUGCUCUGAAGUUGAAGUCGAAAAUGCUCUCUUUUGCCAACCUAAGGUGACUUCCUCCGUUAAAUUCUAAAGUAGAGGAAAAAUAUUAUGAUAGGGUCAUGUUCUUGGGAAAUAUUGUACCUGUUGCAAUUGAAUUUUACAAUUUGUUGUACAAUGAAUCUUUUUGGUUGUUAUAUGGACUAACAAGAAUAAUGCUAAUUAUAGAAACUAGUACGUCCUGUCAUCUUAGCUUAUGAAAAA